AUGGCCUCGUCAAGCGACUCGAGUCUUUUCGAUGGGGGUGCGGAUUUCGAUUGGAUAAAGUACACCACCCAUAGACCAGCCUACUCCUCUUCCUUCUACGACCGCAUCUGGACCUAUCACCAAAGCCACAGCAAUCACUGGACCCUCGCCCACGACGUUGGCACAGGACCCGGCAAUGUAGCCGAGGUUCUCGGCGCACGCUUCGACAAAGUCAUAGCCAGUGAUCCCAGCGGAUUCCACACGGCCGUUGCGCGGAGACGUCUCGCAGCUUCGAAUGUGACGGUCGAGCAGUGCCGUGCAGAAGACCUCGUCACUCUGGUGGGACCCGACGGUCACGGCAAAGCAGAUCUCGUCACUCUUGCUGAAUGUAUCCCCCUGAUGGACGCUGAGCGGGCCUUCUCUGGCUUUGCCGAGUUGCUCGGACCCGGCGGCACCCUGGCCAUCUGGUUCUAUGGGAAGCCAAUCUUUGUGGGGGAAGGACAGGAGAGGAGCCAGCAAAUCUACGACCGCAUUGCUGGGAAAGCUUUUUCGAGAAUCUUUCCCAUCAAGGGUACGAUCUGGCAACAAGCGUUUACGGUCAUGGCAUCUUGGCUCGAUAAUAUCGGUUUUCCAUCGGAAGAUUGGACAGACGUAGAGAGGACUAAGUGGAACCACGACAAGCCAUUGUGCUUUCUCCCGGAGGAGUACUUUGACUUUGAAGUCAAACACGAGAACUCUGUCACUGCUGACGAGAAGGUGGAGGAGCGUGUCGACCGUGACUUCUGGGCUAAAGAACAUUGCGGUGUGGACUGGGUGGAGGGAUUCAUUGACGCGCAAUUUCCCUGGAAGUCUACAGAUGACGAGAUCGGCGCUCAAUUGAAGCCGAUGUACAAGGAAUUGGAAGAGGCCAUGGGAGGCCAAGGGUCGAAGACGAAGAUUGCUUGGCCUGUGGCUCUAGUCCUCGCUACUAGGAAGUAG